UAGUGUUGUGAAGUGCUGUGGUACUGUGGUGUUCAGUCAGUGGAGGCUGUGGUUUAGAUGGUUGUAGCAUUGUAAGGUUAGAUAUCAGCCUGUCUGGGGCUCACAGUCACUGAAAGUAACAGAGAUGUUCUAUCGAAGGUUCUUUGAUGUCAAAGGUCUCUCCAUGAAGUUAAAGUGUGGGCGAGGACUAGAGGAAAAGGAUGGAGAGAAGAGUCGAGACAAAGACGAGAGGAGAGAGGCGAAGGCCAGAGAGAGAUGUACGCUGAACGGACAUCACUUCAGCAUGGUCUCCUCCCAGACACAAUCCUCCUCCUGCCACCAAUGCAGCAAAACCAUCAACACUAAGGAUGCCUUUCUCUGCACCAAUUGUAAUGCACAUGUUCAUAAGAGUUGUCGAGAAAGCCUGCCUGUCUGUGCCAAGGUGAAGAUGAAGACGCCCAGACAGCAGUUUGCAGUUCCAGAUUCAGCCACCAUUCCUGUUGUCACCCGGAGACCAAAACGAGGGUUAAACCCGGGUGCAUCGAGGGAGCGACCCUGGUCAGCCAUCUUGUCUCCAGAAGACCACUCCUCAUUGGUUGUUCCCUCCCGAAGACACACCUCCAUCAUACCCUUCCACGGCUCCAACCUGUCAAAGAGCAUCUCCAUAUCCAACAUCGCUGGUCACCAGGUGUUUGAUGACAUGCCUAUCAAGGGUCUGCGGUACCUGUCCCAUUCUACUGACUCUCUGUGCAAGACCAACCUGGUCAAUGAAUCUACAGAGUCACUCACAGACGAAGGCACAGAGAUGAUUGACAGUCAGCUGAUGGGGGAGUUUGAGGAAGACCUGAAAGAGCUGGAAGCAGACUCCUGGAGCAACGUUAUGGACAGCAACUUCCUCAAACAUCUGAAGAAGGACGUCAUCAAGAGACAGGAAGUCAUCUACGAGUUGAUGCAGACAGAGAUGCACCACGUGAGGACCCUGCUGAUCAUGAUGGAGGUGUACAGUAAGGGUCUGGUGAAGGAGCUGCAGCUGGAACCUCAAACAGUAGACAGGCUGUUCCCUGCCCUGGGGGAGCUCCUGGACCUUCACGCCUCCUUCCUGACACGUCUCCUGGAGAGGAAGAGAGAGAGCCAGCAGGAGGGAGAGGACAGAGGAUUCAUCAUCAACAAGAUAGGAGACAUCCUGGAGACACAGUUCUCAGGGACCAAAGCAGCGAUAAUGAAGAGAGUUUACGGGAAGUUCUGCAGCCGUCACAACGAGGCCGUAAACAUCUACAAGGAGCUGCACUCCAGAGACAAACGCUUCCAGGCCUUCAUCAGGAAGAAGAUGAGUAGCAGUAUCGUCCGGAGGCUAGGUAUCCCAGAGUGCAUUCUGUUAGUCACCCAGAGGAUCACCAAGUAUCCCGUCCUGAUGCAGAGAAUACUACAUCACACCAAAGGUUUGUCUGCUGUCCCCCAGUUCUGCCCUCUGCUGGACAGAUAAGGUGGUCUCUGUAUACACACGAACACACACACACACACACACACACACACACACACACACACACACACACAGACUGGUCAAGGCACACAUCAACUUCAUCAUCCCGGACACCCAGGACUCCAACUUGAACACCUCCCUCUGCAACUGGAUCCAGGACCUCCUGACGGGCCGCACCCCCAGAUGGUAAGGGUGGGUAACAACACAUAUGUCACCCUGAUCCUCAACACGGGGGCCCCUCAUGACCAUGUAGACAGGUAACAACACAUAUGUCACCCUGAUCCUCAACACGGGGGCCCCUCACGACCAUGUAGACAGGUAACAACACAUAUGUCACCCUGAUCCUCAACACGGGGGCCCCUCACGACCAUGUAGAUAGGUAACAACACAUAUGUCACCCUGAUCCUCAACACGGGGGCCCCUCACGACCAUGUAGACAGGUAACAACACA